GUGUGUCAACAUGAUGUUGAGCAGACUCACACCGAGCACCAUCAAGAACUUCUAUUUGGCAGGCUGCAAGUGGCCUGUCCCUCCCAGUCCUGACAUGUCUUCUCCAUCGUCCAUUUUGACCAGGUUGUUCACCUUUAGUGAGUUCCAUCUCCUGAAAACCUUACUCAUGUGGGUUUACCUGCAGAUGAACAGCAAGGUCCAGGUGAUUCCAAUCCACGAGACCAUGCUGGCGUAUUUUAGCAGCUUUUCCAAGAAGUGCUGCUUUCUGGAACAAGAUGCAGGGCAGACCUGGACACCACUCUUCCUCUGCCUACGUCUGCAUGGCAUCACCAGUGGCAGGGAUCUGGAAGAGUUAAAGCACAUUAAUUUCUUCCCUGAGUCCUGGCUGGUCCGGGUUACAGCCAACCAUUAUCACGCACUGGAGAGUGGGGGCAACAUGGUCCACCUGAAAGAUCUUUCUACACAAGCCAUGAGGUUUGGGCUGCUCUUUAGGCAGGAAUAUACCACUUACUCGGAAACGAUUUCUAUAUAUGGAUACUUCUUUGAGAUAAAGGGAAUCAAACAUGAUAGUACCUCUUACAGUUUUUCUAUGCAGAGGAUAAGACAUACCGACUUGGAUUGCCCCUCCCCCAUCUGUGAACACAGUGCCAUCAGCCUGAGAGCUGAGCGCCUGGUGAAGUAUGAGAUCAGAGCCCAGACGCUGGUGGAUGGCAAGUGGCAGGAGUUCAGGACAAACCAGAUCACACAGAAGUUUGGGUUCAUCAAACCCGGCUGCAAAAGCCAUGCCUUGAAAAUCCAAACCCUGGGCAUCCCAAUCUAUGCCAGCUUUGCGUUUAUUUUCCCAGCAUCUUGACAGUUUUCAGAGGAAUCUAUGGGAUUCCCCACAGCCCUGACCAACCUGUCUACAUAAGAGGAAAUAAAGCGACAUUAACCAGGGGA